AUGAAAAUUAAACAGUUCCAAAAAACGGUUGUAUCAACAUGGUCACCAAAAUCAAAUUAUCCAAUCAACAUAGCAAUGGGUACAGCAGCCCAACAAUUAGAUGCUUCAUUUAACACAUCAUCAACGUUAGAACUGUAUACUGUACAACCUAAUGAUAUAACACUCAACGCAUCAAUUUCUACUGAUUGUCGGUUUCAUAAAUUAGUAUGGGGUGGUGCUAAUAGUAAUGAAGAAUGGGAUUCUGGCAUUAUUGCCGCAGGCUGUGAUAAUGGUGUUAUUCGUUUGUAUAAUGCAUUAAAGUUAGCAAGAAAUGUUGAUAGUAUAUUAGCUAAAAGUGAUCGUCAUGUUGGAUCAGUCAAAGCUCUCAAUUUUAAUUUAUUUCAAACAAAUUUAUUUGCAUCUGGUGCGUCUGAAUCAGAAAUAUUUAUUUGGGAUUUGAACAGUAUGAGUACUCCAAUGACUCCAGGAUCUAAAUCAGAAACUUUAGAAGAUGUAAUUGAUUUAGCAUGGAAUAAUGAAGUUCAACACAUUCUUGGUUCAUUGUUUCAUAAGUAUACUGUUGUAUGGGAUUUACGUAAGAAUGAACCAAUCAUUAAAUUAUCAGACAGCAAUUCAAAAGUUAAAUGGAAAGCAAUGUCUUGGAACCCUAAAGUGGCAACACAAGUAUGCAUUGCAUCAGAAGAUGAUCAAAAUCCAGUUAUUCAACUAUGGGAUUUAAGAUAUGCAUCGUCACCUGUUAAAAAUUUAAUGGGACAUCAAAAGGGCAUAUUGUCAAUGUCAUGGUGUUCCGAGGAUCCAGAUUUAUUAAUAAGUUGUGGAAAAGACAAUCGUAUACUUAUAUGGAAUCCAAGUAGUGAGAAUGAUGAAAAUUUGCUGGUAUGUGAAUUAGAACAUAAUAACCAGUGGAACUUUGAGAUAAACUGGUGUCCAAAAGAUCCAUUAUUGAUAGCUACAUCUAGUUUUGAUGGGCUAACAACUGUAUAUUCAAUAAACGAUCUACAGAAUUCCGAUGAUCAGAAAAUAAGUGGUCAAAAUGGAAAUAUCAACUCUCAAUGGAAAACAGUAUCUAGUUUAACAAACGCUCCCAAGUGGCUUCAGAGAAACUGUGGUGCAUCAUUUGCAUUUGGUGGUUGUUUGGUGUCAUUUGAUGGUUCACUUAAGGCAGUUCAAUUAAACAAGACAGUGAUUGAAUCUGAUUUAUUGGUGUGGUCUGAGCAUCUAAGUAAAAUCUUAAAUAAUGGAAACUAUGAAGGAUUUUGUCAUAGUAAAAGUGAAAUGACUCCUGAUGGUAAUAAUCACAUAAUAUGGAAAUUUUUAAAAACUAUGUUUCAAAGUAAUCCCAAGGAAGCACAGUUGGAGAUACUUGGAUAUUCAACUAAAAAAGAAGAAAAUGAUGGAUUUCAUUCUAAUCUUUCUAAUAUUCAAGAAGAACACAAUAUUGUGGCUAAGUUUAAUGAUUUCAAUUUAAAAUCUUCUAACCCUAAUGAUUUGCAGGACUUAAUAUAUCAGUCACUUCUUAUUGGAAAUUUGUCUACGGCUGCAGAUUUGUUUUUAGAUAAUGGAAAGCCAGUUGAAGCUUUAUUACUUGGCAUAAUCGCUGGUCCUAAGACAUUAUCUAGAAUACAAAAUAAAUACCUCAAGAAUUCAAAAGAACCAACUGCUGCUUUACUACAUGCAAUUGUGACUAAUGAUUGGAAUAAUCUGAUUGAAAAUUGCAAUUUAAAUUGUUGGAAAGAAAUAAUGACUGCCAUUCUAACUCAUACAAAUGGACCAAGUUUUGUUUCUUCUUUUGAAAAACUUGGCAAUCGUCUUGCAGCUAGUGAUGAUCUAAGCUUGUCACAAUAUGCACAGCUUUGUUAUAUCUGUUCUGGAAAUGUGGAAGCUCUUAUAGAUAAUAAAAAAGAUAUCAAAACAGUUGAGAAGCUACAAGAAUGUGUAGAAAUGGCAAUGAUGUUGCAUCAAUCAAAAUUGUCUAGUAAAUCUAAUUUGGAAGUUGGACAAAAAAUGUCAGAACUUUUAGUGAUGUAUAGUGAAACAUUGAUUUCUCAAGGUGAUCUGGAAGGAGCUUUGAGAUAUUUAGAGUUUACGAAUAAGGAUUAUAGCGUUGAUUUAAAAAAUCAACUAUAUAAAGCGCUAGGGAAAAAACAAACCGCUGAAAAUUCAAAUAAUAUUUUACAGAAAACAUCGAAUAUUGGUACCCAAGAUUUACGAAAAUACUCAACAUCAAGUGCUACAGGAACUGUAACGCCGGAACCACCUUUUCCGUCUUAUCCAAACAAAUAUAUUCAAGAUAAUGAUACAUAUCAAAAUCAUAGACAACUCCCCUCAAAUUAUCCACCUAAUAAUCAAUCUCAGCCAACAUAUAACAUAAAUAACCAGCCAACAUCUAUUUAUAACAAUCCUCUUACUAGUACACCAGAGUAUGGAAAUAGUUAUAUUAAUCAAACUAAUAUGCAAAAAACAGUACCUCCAACACCACCACCAGACUCUGGCAGUAGAUGUAUGACUCCUAGCAGUAUAAAGCCAGGGAAGCCUAAAUAUGUUGUUGAUCCUUCUGUUAAAGGAAAUAACAUUUAUGGCAGUUAUAACAAUGGAUUAGGAAAUCCAUCUAUGGCAAAUCCAUUGGGACAACAAAGCGGUUUUAAUACACAAAUGGGGCAACCAAAUACGUUAAACCAACCAUUUGUACAACAAAGUGGUUUUAAUUCACCAAUAGGACUACCACAACCUCAUAUAUUUAAUCAAACACUUGGACAACAAAGUAGUUAUAACCCAACAAUUGGACAACAAAAUAAUUUUAAUCCACUAGGGGGGCAAUCAAAUACUUUAAACCAACCAUUGGGACAACAAAGUGGUUUUAAUCCACCACCAAUGGGACAAUCAAAUUUUAUAAAUCAACCAAUGGGGCAUACAAGUAAUUUAAAUGAACAAUUAAAUCAGCAUAUGCGACCAAACAUUAAUGAUCCAGCUUCAGCUCAAAUAAAUAAUUUUAAUCAGCCUAAAAGUUUUGGUCAGUUACCUAAUUUGAAUCAACAACCAACAUUUCAACCUAUUCAAAGUCAUUUAAAUAAUUUUUCUCAAGCAAUUCCUCAAUCGCCCAAUUUUAAUCAGUCAUCGUCAACUUACAAUCAAAGAGCUCCAUCAGUUGAACCUCUACCAAUAAAUUACAUGAAAAAAUCUACUCCUGCUGGCUGGAAUGAUCCUCCAAUGUUGUCAACUUCUGCUCCAAUUCAAAAACCACCAACACCUGUGUCAUCAAUUCCAAUUACACAUCCGUUGUAUACAAAUAAUCCGCCUCCAAUUGAAGAAAUUGGAACUUAUAUUCCACUUCGAGGUACUAACGAAGAACAAUAUUUUAACAAUAAUAUAACACAAGGUGUAGAAGCAAUAAUAAAGCAGCCUAUUCCACAAGAGCAUGUUAAAAUUCAAGUGAUAUUGGAUGGAUUGCAAUCAAAAUUAUUAGAAGCAGCACCCACUGCUCAAACAAGAAAAAGAGUUUCAGAUAUUGCUAAAAAAUUAGAGUUGUUGUAUGACUCUUUACGAGAAAAUUCCUUGUCUGCUUAUUUGAUUCAAUGUCUACACACUAUGAUCGAUCUUGUCCUGAAAAGAGAUUACAAUGGCGCAUUUAAUAUACAUACACAACUAGUAUCGGGGCCAGAAUUUUCAAAAAUAUCUACUUUCAUGCCUUCGUUGAAAGCACUAUUUCAAAUGACUUAUCAAUAUAAUGUCAGCCUUGAAGGAUUGUGA